AUGGUAUUGCCACUCCGCUCCACCCUUCCUCUUUCCCCGUCAUCCCCCGUGACUGACAAGCAUGGGAAUCCAGAUUACGCCACCUAUGUGAUUACCGACAAUCACGCCGCUCUAUCAGCGCAUGCUUCCAUCGCCGCCGUCGAUGACGGGAACAGCUUCUGGUGCUUCUCCACAACAGACUCUAACCAGGUCUAUCGUCUCCGCGUCGAUAAACAGGGCGUUGUGGCCCAACCACAGCUGGUACCCCUAGAUGUCACUCCGGUUCCUAGUUCGCCUCUUGCUGCCGUGCUAGUCAAGGACGCAGCGGCCAAGGAAAGAAUCGUGAUCUUUUAUCUCUUGCACUACGAUAACGUCAAGCGAACAACGCACGAGACCAACGUGUUCGCUACCACGCUAACGGCGACAACGUCCCCUGCAGCGGACACGUGGUCCCUCUCGGGCCAAGUCUGCCUGGCGCCGAGCUACUACGCCAUCACUGGCAUCAAGACAGGCGUCACCACCACUACAGUGCCCCUGCGCCUCGAGGCCGACGCCUGGUACCUCAGCAGCACGACUGAGCACAGACUCCAGAGAAGCCUGUUCCUGCAUGCGCUCAGACGCCUACAGAAGAGAGACCCCAGCAAGAAGCUCUCCUUCUUCCAGAUCGGGGGAAUCCAUGGAAUGCCCUACAAACCAUGGGACGAAGAUACCAAACCUGCCACACCCAAUGAGGGUUACUGCACCCACGACAGCCUACUCUUCCCGUGCUGGCACCGCCCCUAUAUGAUGCUCUUCGAGGCGAUGCUGCAUGAGAUCAUGAUCAAAGAACUCAUUCCCCAGUUGCCCAAGGACGAGCGAAAGGACUGGACCGACGCUGCCAAUACCUGGCGCUUGCCCUACUGGGACUGGGCGGAGAAGAAGACCCGCGCCGGCAACGACGACCCUAUCUACGACGUUCCAUUGAUCACACAGGAUCCGAGGAUCGCAGUCAUCAACCUCAAAGACCCCAAAGGCGCAGAUUCGGAAUAUUACGUCGACAACCCGAUGUACAAGUUCACCAUGCCACACAAGAAGGCCAUGGGGGAGUAUGGGGUCCAUGACAUCAAAGAAGGCAAGGUGGACAUUCCGUCCAAGGGCACAUCACGAAGCGACACCUUCCCGACUAGCCCGAUCUCGCAGGAGUGGCUGGAAACCUGGAUCAUCGGCAAAGUAAACAACACGGUGGUGGCUACAUCGCUCAAGGACCAUUCGUGGUAUGGUAAGAAUAUGAAGGACACGGACAAAGUGCCCAUCGCUGAGAUGGUGUACCGUCUUUAUGAUCCGAACUACAUCUCCACCUUCACCCAGUUCGCCACGACCAAGUUCCACAGCAAGGACGCACCGGCUACGUGGCUGAACCUAGAGUACAUCCAUAACAACAUCCACAACUGGACGGGCGGGUUCGACAAGUACAUCGGCCACAUGACCGAGGUGCCUGUGGCCGGGUUCGAUCCCAUCUUCUACAUGCACCAUGCGAAUGUCGAUCGCCAGUUUGCCAUCUGGCAGGCAAUCAACCAGAAGAACACCGACAGCAACUGGUUCCAGAAGCCGUCGGAGCAGCUCCCGGACGACGGGACCUGGAGCAUCAAGGCGGGCGCGACCGACACGCCCGUGACCCCGUUGGCUCCGUUCCACAAGGACACGGAAGGAAACUACUUCACCUCCAAUGACAUCCGCAACUGGUUGGACUGGGGCUACUCGUACCCCGAGUUGCAGCCUUGGCUGGACAAGUACAAGAAGGACGGCAAGUUCGACGUCGACCUGUACAUUGACGACAUCAAGAAGCAGCUCAAGACGCUCUAUAGUCCGCACGAGGAUGAUGAUGAUGAUGAUGAAAACACGGAGACGGACGAGACAGACACGGAGACCUCGCAAGCGUUGGCCGCAAGGAUGCUUGUCCGCAGCCCGGGAGGUGGAGCACCUGCCCGGCGGCAGCGGAAGAAAUGGUCAAAGGAUAUCAUUGUCAACAUCACCUACGACCGGUUCGCGUUCGGCGGCGCCCCGUACAUUCUCCACCUAUUCAUCGGCGACAAAUCCGUCCUGGACGGCUACACGGACCGUCUCGAAGAGCACCAGCAGCACGUCGGCCUCGUGUGCACGUUCACCAGCGCCGCGCCCGCCGGCGGCGAGGCCGACUCAGAGGGUGACGGCUGCGGAGCUUGCAAGAAGAAGUCGGCCGAGGGCACAAAGUCGCGCGCCCAGGUGCCCAUCACGGGCGCAAUGAUGGCGCGUAUUCCCCCCCGCGGCAGCAACCAUGGCGAGCUCGAGAUCUCCCAUGGCAUCUACCCCUUCCCCGCACAGGAGCUAGAGAAGCCUCGCGUCGAGGACUAUCUCGAGGAGUAUCUACAUUGGAGAGUGCGAUCGGUGUGUAUAUCUGGAUUCCUGUUCAUGUCUUUUGCUUCUUUGUCUCUCCUUUUUUUCUUUUCUUCUGUUUCUUUUUGGUAUUAA